UUUCCGCCAUUUUGGAUCGGUGUGGCGUGAAAGCAUGGCGGCAGAGAUGAGAUUACCAGCAGUUCAUAAACACAUUUCAUUAACAGCAUCACAGUUACAUGACGAUAAACGCCUGGUGGUACCUGGUGAAGUCAUCACAUCUGACACUGGGUUCAUGAGAGGUCAUGGCACAUACAUGGAUGAAGAUAGACUCACAGCAUCAGUUGCUGGAGAAGUAGAGCGGGUUAAUAAACUCAUCUGUGUGAAGCCACUCAAGACCAGAUACAACGGUGAAGUUGGUGAUGUGAUUGUUGGCAGAAUUACAGAGGUGCAGCAAAAACGAUGGAAAGUGGAAACAAACUCUCGACUGGAUUCUGUAUUACUGCUGUCUUCAGUCAAUCUACCUGGAGGAGAACUGAGACGUCGAUCAGCUGAGGAUGAAUUGGCCAUGAGAGAUUAUCUUCAGGAGGGAGAUCUCAUCAGUGCAGAGGUUCAGUCCAUAUUUUCUGAUGGUGCUCUUUCUUUGCACACUCGCAGUUUGAAGUAUGGGAAGCUGGGUCAAGGUGUGCUUGUGCUGGUAUCACCAUCUCUAGUGAAGAGACAGAAAACUCAUUUCCACAAUCUACCGUGCGGCGCCUCCAUCAUACUGGGAAACAAUGGCUAUGUGUGGCUGUAUCCUACACCAGGUCAGCUGGACGAGGAGGCUGGAGGAUAUUUCACCAACAUGGAGCCCGUGUCCCUGUCGGAUCGGGAGGUGAUUUCUAGGUUAAGGAAUUGUUUGUUGGCUCUGGGAGCUCAUAAGGUUUUGCUUUACGACACAAGUGUGCUUUACUGCUAUGAGUCUUCUCUUUCACAUCAGAUUAAAGAUAUCCUGAAACCAGAAGUGAUGGAGGAGAUCAUUCUGGAGACACGACAGCGUCUAGUUGAGCAUGAAGGCUGAAGUAUUUGUUUGUUUUAGUCUUUGUGCUCUAAAUGUAAAAUACCACAGAUUUCAUUUUUAAUAAAUACGCUUUUCAUAAUUCA